GAAAAACUCCCCGAGGAAACAUCAGUGCGGACGUUUCACAAUCAGCUGCUGCAAAUAAAGUGUAGACUUUCUGAUAAAGUGCAGAUGACGUUAUUCGCCAGCAGAGGUCGCUCGAGGUCAGAUGAACAGUGAAGACGUCCUGGUCCUGGUCCUGGAGCAGAAAGUGAAACUAAAGAGCGGCGUCAGAGGACGAAGAGUGAGACCUGGCAGCAUGGAGUCUAUAAAAAACCUGGUUGCCACCAUCGAUGAAGCUGAUUACAGAGACUCUGUCAAACUAAAGAAGAUUCUUCAGCGUUACGGUUCCAAGAAAGAAGGUUUCUGUUACAUCGUGAGAGGAGACUUCAAACAAAUGAACCAUCUGUCAGAGGAUCUGUUAGCAGUGGAGCGUCACUUCACACCUGACACACCUGACACACGUCACCACGACAGACGUGUGGACGUGUCGGCGUCUGUCAUGGAAUACAUUCAGCAGAGACGUGCAGGAGAGCUGGACAGAAUCACAGGAGACAGCUUUAUUAUAGAAGCACAGCCACAGCAACGCAGUCACCUGCACAGCACAGUGCAGGUGACCAUAAGACCACGCCCCGUCUCCACGACCAGCCACGUCCACGCUGACCACGUCAGACAGAGGUUCAUCACGCUGUACCAGAGAACUGCAGCCGACCUGCAGCUGGCGUCGCUCUGUGUGAGUGAAGGUGAGCUGCAGGAGCUGCAGAGGACGUUUCCACAGCUGCUCUUUAAACCCAGACACAGACAUGAAGUCGAUGUGAUCGGACCUUUUGUGUACAUCGCUAGAUUAAAAGAGUUUCUCUCAACACACAAAACACCAGAGCCGAGCAGGAGGGCAGCGAGUGAAGGUCCUGAAGACGAGUCGUGUCCCAUCUGCAUGGAAACGAUCAAAAGAAGCGAGAAAAAGACUCUGCCGUGCAAACACUGCUUCUGCAGAGACUGUCUUCAAAGAGCGUUCCACUACAAGCCCGUGUGUCCCACCUGUGGACGAGUGUACGGCACUUUGACUGGGACGCAGCCCGAGGGAGGAAGAAUGACUCACACCACAAUCUCAUCAUCAUCGUUGCCUGGAUACCACAAAUAUGGAACCAUCAUUAUCCAGUAUCGCAUUCCGGCGGGGAUCCAAACGGCGGAGCAUCCCAACUGUGGUCAGCCGUACGACGGCGUGUCGCGUACGGCGUAUCUCCCCGACUCGUCCGAGGGCCGGAGGAUUCUGACACUGUUGAAACGAGCCUUUGAUCAGAGACUCAUCUUCACCGUGGGUCGCUCCACCACCAGCGGCAGGAACAACGCGCUCACAUGGAACGACAUCCACCACAAAACCUCAACGUGUGGAGGACCAACACACUACGGUUACCCGGACCCCGACUACCUGAGUCGAGUGGCAGAUGAACUGAGAGCCAAAGGAAUUGAAUGAGUCACUGAACACAUUUAGUGACGGCGCUCGUGCUGUACUUCCUGUCAGUGUGAUGAAGGACACUUAUAACUUCACCUUAAAUCAUCAACUAUAGCUUUUGUUUGUAUUGUAAUCAAUAUGAUUUAUCAUAUAGUCAGGUUCACUUGUAAACACAACAUAGAGGUUUUCAGUUAUUUAUAAAAGCAUUUUAUUAAACCACAUUUCUAUUUAUUAAUGGUCAGUUUGUUUGUAUAAAGGACUUUUCUACACUUAAUAUUUAUAAUCAGUUGUAAUAGAUUAGAAGACAAGUGAUGGAAUCACUAAACGUGUUUGUGAUGAAUAAACAGCUGCUGGUGAAUAAGUUUAAACGUUUAAAACACAGAGAAAGUCACUCACACACACACACACACACACACAGAGCAAUCUCUAUGUGAAAUCCCUGGACUUGAACCCUCACAUGGAACAAAAUCAAAGUUGUAGCUUCAAAUAAGAAUUGAAAUCAGUUGUAUGAUUAGGCACUUCCAAGCUCAUGGUUUAUUUUCAAGGGUCAAAGACAGAACACAGAUUAGAGGUCCCUUUAUUCAGAUAGAACACGUAUAAUCUCCCAUUAUCAAUCCCCCCCCCCCCCCCCCCCCGGCUCUAUGCUACAUACAAUAUCAGAGGGUUAUCAGUGAUCAGCUGUGUCUUUCACAAGAUCCGCUCUUAUCAGAAGCUGCGUGAAAACAAAACAUUUAAAAC